ACUUAUUUGGAUAAUAAUUAAAAACCACAUCAAGGAAAGAUUGAAAAUGGAAAACAUGCAAAGAAAUCGCAUUGAGCGGACGGCGUCAAAAAGAUGGCGGGGAUCCGUACGACGGCUUGUCGCCGCCUCUGUUUAUAAUCUGUCAUGCUUCACGCACGGCUGCAGCACCGGUUGGGUGUCUGGCGUGCUGGGCAGCGAAGCGCUGGCAGGCGGUGCCUGGCUAGCCGCUCUGCCGUGCCUCGUGGCCUUACCCGCGGCGCCGUUUUUCGCGGUGCUGGCUGAUAGCAGAGGUCGCAAAGCUGGCGCCUUCUGCAUUAGCCUCAGUUUUAUUAUCAGCUGGUCGCUAGCGGCAUGGUGCGGUCCGCGUGGCGUGUGGACGGCACGUGUGGCGGCAGGCGCAGGCGGGGCUGGCGCCAUGGCCCUAGCCCCGCUCUACUGCGCCGAGAUAGCACCGCGAGCACGGGGCUUAGCCGCCAUGCCCGCACUGGCUUGCAGUUGCGGCAUACUAUUCGCGUACUGUGCGGGCGUACUCCUAUCUCCUCACGCCCUUUCCUUGUCUAUGGCGGUCGCUCCUGCGGUGUUACUGUUGUCUCUACUCUGGCUACCUGAAACUCCUUUGUACUUGAUCAACGCUGGAAAAAUACAGGAAGCAGCAAGAGUAAUGUGCUGGUUCGACGGCUCCGACUUUCGCGAAGACCUGACCGACGUGAUUGAGCAACAAGAGGUGCGGAUCCGUACGUCGGAGUGCGCCGGCAGGAGACAGCAUCUACGCCGGCAGGACUCUGACACCUUCCAGCCCAUGCUGAAGAGAAGCAGCGGCUUGGAUUCUAACUGUGAUAAGAAGGAUCAGAUGUCACCUUGCAGAGAGCUGUUGACACGUCGUCGGUCUCGCCGCGCACUGGCUUCAUGCUGCGUGUUGGUGUGCCUGGCGGCGGGCAGCGGCGCGGGCGCAGUCAGCAGUUUCGCGGCCGCGCUGCUGCGACAUUCCGCGCAUAAGUUACCUUCACUCAACCUCACCGCUUACAACUUCACCAUUUAUAACGGGAGUCUACCACGUGAUGCGUGGGGCGCUUGGGACGCGGGCAGCGUGUUGUGUGGACUGGCGCUCGUACUGGGGGCCGCACUCGCUACACUCACAGUUGACAAGCUCGGAAGAAAGACUCUUCUACUCUGGUCAUGUUCAGGCAUCGCUUGUUGUCUCGCCAUCCUCGGCGUAUACUGUGACCCGCACUUACGUAUGCACUCCUGGUACCAACGACCACUCUACAAAAAGAUCAUCAAAGAGAAAAUGAGAGAAAUAGAACAUAUAGAUAGAGAAAGCUUUAGAGAUCUUUACAAUGAAAGUAUAACUAACGUUAGUGGUGUUCCGAUAGGUUUGUUCAGGAUAAGUUUGGAAAAUGUAACACCUACCAGUUGGUCGGUGAAGUACGAGCAAAGUGAUGGAGAAAGUGAAGACAUCUGGGCGCCUAUUACUCUGUUGUCAAUGGUACUAUUCCUUUAUAACAUCGGACUAGGUUCAGUUCCAUAUGUGCUGAUAUCCGAGCUGUUUUCAGUCAAUGUCCGCAGUCUCGCUUCAAGCUUCCUCAUCAGUUGCACUUGGCUAAGCAACUUCUUACUACUGAGAUACUUCGGUUCACUGGCUUCUUACUUGGGACUGCACGCAGUAUACUACUUAUGUGCCGGCAGUACGCUGCUGGGUACAGCAGGCUUGUAUGUACUACUGCCGGAGACAAAGGGCAAGUCUCAAGGUCAAAUCGAGGAGGAACUGAAUCAGCCACUCUUGAACUGGAGGAAGAGGAAGCAAAGAAACCCUCGAUGACAGAGCGCUAAUCGCUUAUAUGUCGAUUUGGAGAAGUUUUAGCCAUUUUGGAGGGAAUUAUUAACGUUGGAGUCGGAUAAGAACAAAUCGAUGUUAACAAAAAUCAUUGAAAAGUACAAAAUUUUGAUUAUAUUUAUUGAAUUACAAUAACGGGAGAGAGGAAUGAAGAGUUAUUUUUA